CACAAACCUGCAACUCCUUUACGCUCAACUCAAAGCCCCAAAAAACAGAAAAAAGCUCACCAAACCUUAGCACCGCCGGGGACCUAUGGAACCCCGCCGAGUAGUACCCCGCGCGGUCAUCGACCCGAUAGUCCGCCAAGUCGGGUUCUUCGCCCCCACGGGUCGAACCGAUCCGGUACCGUCGUCACCGCCAGUCCCCGACUACUCCCCCUCCGGCAACACGCUGCCCCUCGUCAUGAUCCCGCCGCCGCGCCACCUUCCCACCGACCUGUCUCGGAACUUCCACAGGGCUCCUGGCGAAUCUUCAAUUCCCGUCGGCAGCUACAAUCCCUCGGAAUUCUUGUCCCCUUCCUACACCACCGAUUUUUCCGAGGAUCUUAGGGGUAGUUCCGGGGAGUCCGCUCCGCCGGUGCCACCUGUCGUUUUGGACCCGGUGAUGGCUGUGGAUGGGGCUGAGCCGGAUAAGAAUGUUGUAACCUCCGAUGUACGAGAUGGAGGACCAAAUGUGGACAUUGGGCAGGAGAAGAGGGUUAAUGGUGAGAAGCCAUUGAAGAAUAAGACCACGAAAGCCGAAAGGCGGGCUAUUCAGGAAGCACAACGAGCUGCCAAAGGUGAAGGAAGUAAGAAAUCUAAAGCUGCUGGUGGUGCUGCUAGUUCUACCAAUAUGGGGAAACCUGCAAAGUCUAUUCCACCAAGGAAAGAAAGCUCUCCUGUUGCAGCCUUCGAAAAAAGAAGCGGUGAACAUCAGACGGAUAAAGAUAGGAAAAAGGACAUCCCUCAUGCACGGAUGCAGUUUGAUGAUGAAAAUAAGGUUGAGAAGGCAAAAAAGCGAUCUGUGGUGAAACAAAUAGAAGCUAGGAAUAGAGUUGAGCUCUUUAGGCAUCUACCUCAGUAUGAACAUGGAACAAGGCUUUCUGAUUUGGGGUCGAAGUUCUUCCAACUUGAUUCCAUUCAUUCUGCUGUUUACAAGGUUGGGAUGUGGUAUUUAGCCGGAGACAUUUCCGGUGGCAACGCCCGGUGUAUUGCCAUGCUUCAAGCAUUCCAAGAAUCCAUCAAGGACUACACCACACCUCCCGAGAAAAUCCUCGUACGAGACCUAACCGCAAAAAUCAACACUUACAUCUCUUUUCUAAUCGAGUGCAGGCCCCUCUCCAUCAGCAUGGGAAAUGCCAUCAGGUUCCUCAAAUCCCGAGUCAUCAACCUAUCCCCGAACCUAUCAGAGUCGGAAGCAAAAGCAUGCCUCAUCUCCGAUAUCGACCGUUUUAUAGACGAAAAGAUAAUUUUGGCGGAUAAAGUUAUCGUCAAGCACGCCGUCACCAAGAUUAGGGAUGGCGACGUUCUCCUCACAUACGGGUCGUCAUCUGCUGUCGAGAUGAUAUUUUUGCAUGCCCAUGAGGAGCUCAAUAGAAAGUUCCGGGUGGUGAUAGUCGACUCUCGUCCCAAGCUCGAGGGGCGAAAAUUGCUACGCAGGCUUGUGGGAAGGGGUAUCGAUUGUACAUAUACUCAUAUAAAUGCGGUUUCUUAUGUGAUGCAUGAGGUGACGAGGGUUUUUCUUGGGGCGUCUUCCGUUUUGUCGAACGGGACUGUUUACUCGAGGGUUGGCACGGCUUGUGUGGCGAUGGUUGCGAAUCAGUUUCAUGUGCCGGUCUUGGUAUGCUGUGAGGCUUACAAGUUUCACGAGAGGGUUCAGCUCGAUUCAAUUUGCUCGAACGAACUUGAAAUUGUUGAUCAGAUUAUCAUUGCAGGUGAUCCUGAUGUUGUUUCAAAGGUUUCUGGAAGAGAAGAGAUCAAUUACUUGGAUGGUUGGGCCAAUAGCAAGAACCUGCUUCCCUUGAACUUGAUAUAUGACGCCACACCUUCAGAUUACAUAUCGAUGAUCAUAACUGACUAUGGAAUGAUACCACCCACAAGUGUUCCUGUUAUUGUCCGUGAAUACCGCAGAGAACAAUUGUGGAUGUAGGCAGUUACAAUGCAUCUUUGGUAAAAUUGUGUUAUAGAUGAUGAAAAGCAACAAUUUUGAAGACCCGCCUGUGGCAGCUUUUAUUUAAUCAUGUUUAAUCCCUUUCGGAAUUAAAGUUGUAUUUGAUCCGUAAAUUGCUUUUGAUUUUGGAUCAGAACGUCAUUUUUAUCGAACUCGUGAAGAGCGCUUCUGAUCUACCUCUCUCGUCGUUUUUUGGAUGCUGUAUUAUGUGAGGAGGUGUUUUCCAACUAUUUUUUAGGAUACUGAGAUUAUUAUCAUUUUGUGUACUUUAAAUGGUUGUCAUACAUACAAGUGCUGCUUUGGGGACUAAGACGGUCUUUUUGUGGUAAAAAUUCAUUUGAAAUAAAAGCAUACACCCAGGUAGGUAUGGUUUUGGGCAGUUGAUAAA